AUGGAAAUAAUACAACAAAAAACUAAUGAACUUCUCCAAGAGGAAAUUAGGCGAGCAAUAAGAGAAAAAUUAAGUCGGUUUACCUUUCCUUGCCCGCAUUGUCAGAAACAUAUCAAGGACGAGGAUUUUGGUAAAGAACAACAGGCUUUUCAUUACAUUAAUGAAAUGGAGUUGGAAGAGCAAAAAAUUUAUGAGAAUUUUUCGGCCGUAAAAGAAUUAAAAACAACCCUUAGAGAAUGCGAACAAAAAAUAAUUUAUCUUCAAUCUCCGGAACAUAUCGAAAAUUCCAUUCGGGUUAAGAAGUUGGAGGAAGAAAAAAAAGAAACUGCGGAUAAGCACUGA